AUCGUACUAACAGUACACCUGUGGUGUGCGUGUGUUGAGUUUGUGAGGAUCCUGAAAAACCUGGUGUGUCCUGUUGUUGAUGCUGAAUCGAAAUGACCGUCAUCAUGACAGAACCAAGUAGUUUGCGAGAACAAGGGAACGAACACUUCAAGGCCAGUCGAUAUGAGGAUGCUCUUUCUUGCUACAAAGAAGCCCUGGACACUGGAAACAUGAAAGAUCUUGAGAAGGCUGUGGUGUAUAAAAAUAAGGCUGCAUGCUUUCUAAAGCUAGGCAAAAACCAGGAAGCUAUUGAUGAUGCCUCAUCAUCCCUUGAGCUAGCACCAAAUGAUCCUAAAGCUCUGUUCCGAAGAUGCCAAGCUUAUGAAAAUGUGGGAAAAGUGGAAGAAGCUUUCAAAGAUGCAGCCCUGUUGAUAAAAGUGGACCCACAAAACAAGGCGGUGCGCCCUGUGUUUAGCAGACUCAAUACAGUCGUACAAGACAGGAUCAAGAAGCAGAACAGCACAACACACAAAGUUUCACAGAUGUUCAACAUCACCUUUGAUGCAUCUGGUGACAAAGAGAAGAGACUUCAGGGCAUGAACAAUUUGGUGGUUCUGGGUCGAGAGGAAGUGGGAGCCAACAUGAUCAUACGUGAGGGCGGUUUGUCGAAGCUGAAAGCUGUCCUGUCAGAGAGGCAGCCAGAGAUAGUCCAAGCAGCGGUGCGUGUGCUUGCUACUCUGUCAAAGGACAGCAAAGAGAGGUGUGCCGCUGUCUUGAAAGAAGUGGAUCUGCCUACCAUCUUGCGUCUGAUGUCGGCGGAAACGGAAGAGAUGUCUUCGUCUGUAGCGCUGCUGGUGCAGAACCUGAUAAGCUACUACACGGAGCUGGACCAGUAUAUUGCUAGCGUGCAGAAACAUGAGGAGGAGAAGAAAAAGGGCGUACGCAAGCCCUACCCACAGUUGCAGUUAGGUGCGGAGGCCCAGGCUUUCCUCAAAGAAGUGUUCCAGGGACUGGUAAAGAUGCUGCCCAGUGCCAAAGUGACUGCCCAUGGCCGUGACUCUGCCAUGGAGCUCAUCACGAAAAAUGUGGUAUCGCGCACAGGGGCGGACUGGACCAAACAUUUCCUGGAUACAGAGGGUGUGGAGAACCUACUGACAGUGGCUGGCACCCAGAAGGAGUUCAAGACCCUGCCAACCACACCCAUGUCCAGCAUGCACGCCUCGGUGGCCCUCUCCAAGAUCUUCGACGACCUCAUCAGCGACCAGCUGCGAGAGAAGUUCAAGGACAAAUGUCAGGAGCAUUUCAGAGAUUUGUUCUCAGACAACAUUUUUGAAUCUAAGAUUGAGGCUGUGGCCGCCAUAUCUUCUCUGCUGCAGGGCCCGUAUGAGGUUGGCAGCAUGGUUCUCUCCUUAGAGGGUGUGGUGCCUCUCAUGUUCUCUCUGGCAGACAGCGACAACCCACAGUAUCAGCUGGUGGCUGUUGAGGCAAUUGUCAGCUCAGCGCAGAAGAAAGACAAGUGCAGCGGCAUCCUCAAGGACGCGGUGCCCAUUCUGAAGAAGCUGUACCAGUCUGCCGAGGACCACAUCAGAGUCCGUGCACUUGUGGGUCUCUGCAAGCUCGGCAGUUUUGGCGGCACUGAUGCCAGCAUGCAGCCCAUGGCUGACGGAUCUGCCGAGAAAUUGGCUCGGAUAUGCCGCAAGUUCCUGGUAAAUGCCAGCCACAACGUGGAUCUGCGCAAGUGGGCAACGGAGGGCCUGGCUUAUCUGACGCUGCAGGCGGAGAUAAAGGAGGAACUGGUGAACGAUGUGCCCGCUGUCAAGUCUAUCUUUGAUCUGGCCAAGGAGAAAGAGCGUAACCUGACGUACGCUUGCGUGACGGUGCUGGUGAACUGCACCAACAGCUACGACAAACAGGAAGUGAUGCCUGAGCUUGUGGAGCUGGCCAAGUUUGCCAAACAGCACAUCCCAGAGGAGCACCCGAAGGACAAAGCGGAGUUUGUGACCAGUAGACUCCUGCGUCUGGCCAAAGCCGGGAUUAUCAAUGCCCUGGUCGCCCUCUCCUCCACAGACAGCAAGAACAGCAGAGAGCUGUUGUGCAGAGUCUACAUGUCUCUUGCGACAGAGGAGAGUCUUCGAGGGUUGAUUGUGCAACAAGGAGGUGUCAAGUCUCUGCUGAACCUGAUGUCGGACAACACAGAUAACGGCUCUGUCCUUGCCGCCCACGCCUUGGCCAAGAUUGCUGUGACCUCCGACCCCCACUUUGCCUUCCAGGGCCAAAGGAUGUACGAGGUUGUACGCCCACUUCUGUCCCUUCUCAACGCUGACCGGUCAGGACUGCAGAAUUUUGAGGCUUUGCUGGCUCUCACCAACCUUUCAUCGGUCAGCGAUUCUCUCAGAAAUCGCAUUCUGACCGAGAAAGGCCUGCCGAUGUUGGAACAUCACAUGUAUGAAGAACAUGAAAUGCUUCGACGUGCAGCCACGGAGUGUAUGUGCAACAUGGUCAUGUGUGAGAAGGUCCAGGACCUGUACGAAGGUUCCAACGACCGUAUCAAGCUGAUGGUGCUGUACGCCGGUGAGGAAGAAAUCGCCCUGGUGCGGGCGGCUACGGGAGCCCUGGCCAUGCUGUCGGCCCGCCCGACGCUCUGCCAGAAAAUUGUGGAGGUGUCCCAGUGGCUGGACAUCUUCCAGGUGCACACGGUGAGCGAGCUGCCGGACAUCCAGCACAGAGCGUGCCACGUUGUCAUGAAUCUGGUCCUGGCUGGCGAGGACACGGCUCGUCUGGUGGUGGAGAGCCCCCUGCUGGAGAUUCUCAUGGCUGUGUCCAAGGACACCGACCCUCAGGCUGAGUCUGCCAAGAAGGCUGCUGAUGCUGCUCUGGCGAAGGCUGUAGAGUAUGGUCUGAUUAAAGAGAACCAGGAAGGGAAAGCUCCUGACAAAUUUCUCGAAAUCCUCCGAGCUCAACUACGCAAGGCAGCCGAAGAGGAAGCAAGGAGGAGGAAAGAAGAGGAGGAGGAGGAAGAAAGACAACGGAAAAAGGAGGAGGAGGAAAAGAGGCUGGCUGAGGAAGAAUUCCAGUCAAAGGAGAAGACGAAGAAGGAAGAGGACGCAGCGGAUGACGAAGAGUUGGAGGAAAUCAUUGUGGACAAAAAGCAGGAAGAGGAAGCGCCCAGCGGGCCGAAAAUCCGCGAGUUAACUGAGGAAGAGGUGGCAGAAUUUGAGAGGAAGAAAAACGCUGAGGAAAAUAAAGCAAAGGGCGAAGCUAAAACCAGUCAUAAUGAUAAUGGUGAUGAUGAUGAUAAAGAUAAGGAAAUUGAUGCGGAAGAGUUGGAAAGAGGAGAUGUUUGGAAUGAUGAGAAGGGUUUGCCACAGUGAGAUGAGAGGGGUUUUUUUCUGCUGUGCUGAGGUCUGGCAUGUCUGAAUGAGGUGUGUGAUUAACUCUAUACUGCCAAAUCAUUGCUGAUCAAAUGUUUAUCUGUGUGGAGGUUUAGUAUGAAUAGCUGCUGAGAGUGCACUAUUUUAUGUCCAUUCAAAGUGAGCCUGUUGCUGCUAAAAAUCUGUGAUAGUUUUCCUGAAAAGAUGUUUGAAAAAGGAAGUUAAAGAAAUUUUGUUUCCUUUCAACAGUCCAAAGUUUACUUAGUUUCUUUGUCUAAAACGUUAUUGAGCAAAAAAAAUUUAUCAGUCAUGAAGCUCAGAUCCGUUUAGUGAAACACAUGGUUGUUUAUAUUUUGUGAAAUGGCUGAAUCGUAAGGAGCAGUAAUUCAGAGUAAACAGAGGACCGACCCGCUCUGUCUUUUUACAUUAUUAUAGUUAUUGUCUAAUGAAAUUCAAGGCCUUUUUCUUGACUUUUCAUUUGCUCCCUUUGGUCAAUCUAUAAGUACACAAAAGGAAGAGAAUCAUUUGCCUUAAUUAGGCAUUGUAAGUCUAUCAGAGAAAUCUUGUUAAACUUUAAUGUUUUUUUGUUUUAAUUGUAAAAUCAAGCCAUGCUGUGAAAACAACUAACUUGUGUCCCGCUUGCUCUUAUGCAGUUUCGAGGGCAGUAACACUUUUACCAAACUGGAGCCUUUUUUGGUGUCACAGGCAUCUGUGGUGUAAUUGUUUGACUUGUGCCUUGCGUUCACAUGACAUGAACUAGAUUCCUACUAACGAGCUAAAACAAGCAACUGAAGAGUGCUAGCAAUCAUUCUGCUUUUGAUCUGUUUCACAAAGUGCAAUAAUCGUUACCGAAAGAAUGGAUGAAUGAAUAUUUCAGAGAGUGAGAGUAAAUUAAAAGUAAAUUUAUAUCAAAUAAAUUAUUUUACUACUUAAAUGUGUACAGUAUUAUGUUAAUUUGUUACAGAUUAUAUUUCACGAUGUACUGUAUGAGAUGUCAAAUUGAUUUUAAUUUAUUCACAUUCUGUUUUAUUUCUUUUUCUUUAUAGUUACUUUUGCUAACAGUUGAUAAGCCUUUCAGCUGAGGCAAAAGUAUUGAAUUGAAUAUUUCAGGCUUAUUAAUUACAGUGUGAGAUACAGUGGAAUCCUCUUAUAAUGAGUCCUGAAAUAGCGAGAAGUCUGUUAAAAUGACACUUUUCUAAAACCCUGUUUUUUUCCUCUUCUUUAUCUUUGUAAAUAAAAUACUGCUAUAGCGCAAUCAGAUAAACGCGCGAGUCGGUUAUAGCGGAAUAUAGAUGCUGCUGUGCACCGCGCAUAGGCCAAUUAUUCAUGUAAAACCUCGCCCGUUGAGAAGCUUGUUGGUUAUCUCACGAAACAAAGAAUGCGAGAGUCCACGUGUGCCGACAGUGAAGGCCGGAUUGAAUGAGUGGAGGGAGUGUGGUAUGCGCAGACAAGCAGAACGCAUCGUGUGAUGGGCCAGCCUAGUCUAGAUUAUCAAGGUCUAGGCCUACCAUGCCUCUCACUUCUCCGAUGCGAGGAUGGAGAGGUCAUAGUGCUGUGAUGGAUGGAGCGAAUGUGUGACGUGGGCGUGAUGAGGGACAACACAGGGGGCGAGUUAGCCUAGAGAACUGUCUUUCUGAUCGCCAACGCUGAGCUGGCAACAUCGCUAGCGCUAGAGAAAGAAACCUGAUUCAACUUUUGAUCUGGUAAGACUUAAAGGUCAUUUUGAACCAAAUCAUCAUCAGGGGAUAUUACAAAAAGAAAUAAACUGAAAAUCAGACUCAUAGA